AUGGUGUUGUUUUCAAAUAGAAGAAAGCUUGCUGACACGUGGCAAUCUGGUGAUCUUGUUCCUGCUGCGAAUGAUCUCAUUAAGGUGAUGUGCAAUAUUAGAGGAAACUUCCGUUGUGAUCCUUCUGAAGAGUGCAAAGUGUAUCAGGUUACAAACAAAGUUAGCGACAAAGUAUUUGUUGUUCGAAUAGAAGAACGAUCUUGUACAUGUAGACAGUGGCAGUUGAGACAGUUCCCAUGCUUACAUGCUGUGGUUGCAUUGUUUAAAUUGAAUCCUGAUUGGUCCAAGUACUGCAGUAAAUAUUACACUGUGGAUAGCUACAGGACCACCUACAAAUGGUCAAUAACCCCAUUGGGAGACAUUGAUGACUAUCAGAAUAAGACAAAUAUCAGCAUUAUGUAUCCACACAGACUAAGAGAUAAGGGAAGACCUUGUGUCAAAAGAAAGAAGUCUUGGAUGGAGAAGAACAAGCCGCGUAAAAGAGUAACAAAAUGCAGUGUGUGUAAAGAUCUUGAUCAUAAUAUCCGUACUUGUCAAGGUCCUCCAGUUGGAUCUAACCCAAAGAAGAAAGGAGUAAGAAUGGAGUGUUCUGUUAAUGGGGAUGAAUUCUGUGUUACUGUUGCACCAACAAAGAAUAUGAGGAAGGCCUUGUCUGCACCAACUAUUGGAACAACAUCUGCAUCAAAGAAAUCUACUAAUAUACCUCCAUUGUCAAAGGGCAAAGCAGCUGCUGCCACACCAUGUUCUUCUUCAGCUGGUUCCCAGAAAAAGGAUAAGACAACGACACAAUCCUCUACUGCAGGUGAUGCUGGUGCUAAAAGGAAGGUGCCACAUCCAACUACUUCUUCUACACCUUCUAUUGCCUGUUUUAACCAGACUUAUAAUGGUCCUGUUAAGAUAUCUAGCCAAACAAUCAACAUUACUCAACCAUCAUCAAAAAGGGUUAGAAAGCCUAACUCUAAAUAUGAGUAG